GCAGUACUUGGCGGUAAGAUGCUAUAAGUUUUUUAAUAUACAGACUUCAGUGUGUGUCAGCUAAUAAGCCCUCAUUUUAAUAUUUAGCAUGGUCAUCAUCGUGAGUACCUCUACUCGUAAUUGUGUUACUGCUCAUUAUUCCGUGAUCAUUUGUUCACAGAUGUACGUCAAAAGUCUACUCAAGUACUCAAGAGUUCAUUUGUAAGUGUUGAGUCGCAGAACUUGGAUUAAUCGUUGGAUCACAAAAAGAUUAUGUAAGUGUGCCACAACUAAUUGCUGAAUAGACACAUUUUCGUUAUCAAGUUGGCGUAAGUAGGCAAUAUGACGUCACGAGAUACAAAUGGCACAGUCUUACGUCACGACUAUCUUCAAGUCUAUUCAGAAAGUUUAUUUUAAUCUAUUGCUUGGCUCGUCAGCGCAGCGGAACUAUACAUUUCAAAAAGGAAAAUCUACCUGUUGCUUCAAAAGUCAAUGCGUCUCAACAUUGGAAGUGCUAAUAUUGUUUCAAACUUGAUUUCUAAAUCUGUGUGAAAUCUACGUAACAGAUUUAAUAAAAAAUAAACCAAAAGGUCAUAACUGUUAAAAAAAGAAUUACUUCGCAAUGUUUUACGUUUUAAAAUGCAUGCGCUGAGGAGUACAGGAAGUGACGUUCGAAACAAAAACUGUGCCAGAUUUUCAGAGUUUUCCAGUACGUUCCGAAGAUGUGAAAUUUUAUUUUCACCACUCUAUAUUUCGAUGACAUGCAUGUAUAAGUGUUUUGAAUUCAGGUGAAUGCCAAUGAUUGUUUUACAACAUUUAUUUGCUUUAAGCGGCUCAGAGUAAGAGGUUGGACAAAACGUAAGCUGUUAAGAGCUAUUCAAUAUGUUGAGAAGACUUUUAGCUCUUACAGCUGUGAAAGAUUUUGAAAAUAAAUAUUUUAAUGGACCAAUUUUCUGUUGUAAUGCUUAAUACAAAAUCAAGGAAUACAUUAAUGAUUUUAUUUGAUUCCUGCUUCAAAUGGUAGCCCUUGUUAUCAGUGUUAUUUCAGACAACGGUAUCCAUGCCUGAUAAAAGUAAGGAGUCUUCCUUGGACGAACUUUCACCCCUGAAAGCGCCCGACCCCGCUCCCCAGGGAAGCUCUACACACUUGUACGACGCCGUGACAGAGAAGUCACAAAAAGACGGAGGCAUCUCAGAAGAUGAUUCUGCCUUGGAGAAGCUGAUACCGCAUAAAGAGGAUGUUCCCCACUCGGACAUCUCUUUAUCUCAUAGGAUACUCAAUUUCGCGUUGGCGUAUUUCUGGCUGGGGCCACUAGUGACGGUGUACUGGUGCAACUCAUGGCACAUACCUGAGAACUACCUGUUUCCACCUGAUCCAGUGGCGUCGUCUUGGAUUUCUGGAGCAGUGGGCUACUCUCUUUACUUCCUGGCCACAUUUCUGCAGGACAACCUCAGGGAUUUCACUGUCCGGCAGAACAUUGUUGUCCAGUGCUGCGUCGCACAGGUGUAUAGCUACGUCAUGUGCUGGGCAUGUAUCAACCAGUGGCGCUGUGUGUGGGUCCUGCUGGAUGAGUACACUGGAAUCUAUCUGCUGAAUGCCGUAGUGUCGUGUCUACUAGCCUCAAUGGUCAUGGUCAUCCUACGCGUCCAUCGUACCACAGCAUCAACGCCUUCCACCAUAAGAAUGGACUUUCCGGUUGAGAAUCACUUCACCAUUCCAACCUUGUUUGAGGUCUCAGUAAGUCAGCUUGAUAUUUCUUUGUCAAUAUGCCAAGGCAGCUGACGCACUGUUCACGGUACUUGUAGUGGACACAGUUGGUAUCAUCUUGUGGCGUGGACUCUGGGAAAUCAUGGACGUAACUCUAACGCCUGACCAGAAGGGCGAGAGCGGAGC